UAAAAAAAUAAAAACAAAAUAAAUAAAAGUCUCAUUAUUUUCUCUCUCUCUCUCUCUCCUCUCUCUCUCUUCGAUUCAAUUCACCACAUGAAACCUCUGCUCCCGUAGAAGAAAACCCAGAUUAAAUUCAAGAGUGGAAGUUAACUCAACAAACCCCGUUUUUUGCUGCUGUUUUUUUUUUUGCAUGAUAUCGAGUGAGAGGUAAACGCCUCUCCGUUUCAACGGCAUAUCAUUACAUUAUCAAUGUCUAUUUAUCUUCUUGUUUGAUCUCCGUUUAUUACUAGAAGAAGUUAUAAAAACCAAAUCCUAAUAAAAAAAAUUGCGUUGAUUUCUUCGGUGCGUAGAGAUGGCUUCUAUUCAUUUAGGCGAAAACGGAGAUUGCUUCAUCGACUCUGUAGAAACUGAGGGCUCCCCUCAAAUCCAAUCGGAUAAUAAUUCAACUGAUGCAGUGGAUAAAUUCGAAGAAGAGCCCGAAAUACUUCCAAGAAUCGGUGACCAAUAUCAAGCAGAGCUUCCUCCACUUGUCAGUGGGUCCCACUAUGUACCCUUCGAAAAUUUCCAAGUGGGAUUGCCUAUACUGCUGACGUGGAUCAGUAGCUCGAAACGGGAUACUUUGGGACCAACAAGUUCGGAUUUCAAGAAUGUCUCUAAAACAGACGAGGCGUCUUUACGUGACAUUGUAGAGUCGACGAAUGACGGUUGCUCGGGCUAUUUUUUAUCCCCUGGAUCAUUUGACGUGCAUUGGAGCGGCAUCGAAAAGGGUACCUUCAUUUUGGGAUUGUACAUUUUCGAGAAAAAUUUCGUGGAAGUUAGGAGAUUCGUUGGAACGAAAGAUAUGGGGGCUUUGUUGUCGUUUUACUAUGGAAAAUUUUACGGUUCGCAAGAAUAUAAGAGAUGGUCUGCUUGCCGAAAGACCAAGGGCAAAAAGGGUAUUUACGGUCAGAGGAUAUUUUCCGGAGCAAGACAACAGGAGCUGCUGUCUCGGAUUUUUCUGCGAGUUUCUGAAGAAUGCCGAAACGCUUUAUUGGAGGUGUCGAAAACAUUUGCCGAAGAAAAAAUGUCGUUAGCAGAUUACGUCUCGUCGUUAAAAUCAAUGGUAGGGGUGAACAUUCUAGUAGAAGCAGUUGCAAUCGGAGCAGGUAAACGUGAUCUCACCGGAGCAUCUUUAGAGCCGUCACGAUCAUCCUAUCCGACAGCCCACAUUCGCUCGGAGAUUCCCACCGGAAAAGCAUGCUCCGCCCUCACAGCCAACGAAAUCGCCCGAUUCUUGUGCGGCAAUUACCGCCUGAGCAAAGCUCGAUCGAACGACCUGUUUUGGGAAGCCGUUUGGCCCCGUUUGCUUGCAAGAGGGUGGCACUCUGAGCAGCCGAAGAAUCACACAAGCAACUUCUCUCUGGUUUUUCUAUUGCCAGGUGUCAGGAAAUUCUCUAAACGAAAACUCGUUAAAGGGGACGACUACUUCGACUCGGUUGCAGAUGUUUUGAGCAUGGUGGCUAAAGAUCCUGGCUUGAUCCAGCUCGAGAACGAAGAACAAGAAAAGGACGAAAAAGAUGACGUCAGCAUGACCAAGAACGAGGGCAAUGGUGAUGUCAGCAUGACCAAGAACGAGGAAAAUGAUGAUGUCAGCAUGAUCAAGAACGAUGACAAUGAUGACGUCAGCAUAACGAGGCAACAGCAGCGUCAUUGUUAUCUCCAACCGAGAAAUCCGAAACGUAAGAGUGCCGUUGUAAUGAAAUUUACGGUUGUGGAUACGAGCAUGUCUAAUGGGAGAGUGAGGGAGUUGAGAGAAAUUUCGAGUGUUCCUAUUGGUGGAGAUGAUGGAAAUGACGAAGAUGCCCUCGAGAAGAAUAAGAAGGAUUUUCAAGGGAAGAAAAAGUUACCGAAAUCACAAGUCGGGCGGAAGACGAAAAAGCAGAGAAACGAGGACUAUGUUGUGGGCCCCACCACGAAAAGGUGCCGUGCGCAAACACCUUGCAGUCACGAAGAGGUGGACGAAAAUUUAUCUUCUCAAGUGGGGUCCGCGAAUCUUGAUAAACCCUCGUGCGCCAGCUCAUCGAAAGGGAGUCCAGUCGAAGAAAAAACCCCUCAGAUACUCAUAGACCUCAACUUGCCACAAGUUUGUCCGGAUUCGGAAUAUAACGAUUCGGUCAAAGUGGAUGUGGAAGAAGAAGAAGGGGAAUCUUUACAGAAUAUUCCACCGGCUGCUGAGGUUGCUGAGGUGGCAGCAGAAGAAGAGCCUUUACAGAAUAUUCCAGCUGCUGAGGUGGCGGUGAAUGCGAACCAGCGGAGGUACAGUACGAGGAAUCAAACUCCGACCAUGAGGUCUUUGCAAGCUGUGGCGCACGGGUAUUUGGCUGUGAAUCAUAGGAAGAGGAAAGGGAAGGAGGCUGCUUCGAACGAUGAUGUCAAGCCAUGUCAGCGCCCACGUGGCGGCUGUGUGGGGCCCAAUGAGUCUACAAGCAGUUCGGCAGCUUCGCAGGUGGAGGAAUCUUCCGGAAAUGGUGCUUCGACUAGCGGCAAUGAAUCUCAAGUUCCACCACCACCGGAGAAUGACGAAGAAACGCGUGAAAAAUGAGUUCGUUUUCGAAUUAGGGUACUUUUACAGAGAGAUGAAAAUAAAGAGAUAAGUGACAUAGAUUUUCUGAAAUUUACUUAGCAAAGUAUUUCUUUUGUUGUUGGAAUCAACUUGUGUAGAUUCUUUUUUUUUUUUUUU